UAUUCUUCUUUUAUGCAUUCGUUACUGUAAAAAUUUAUAUAUACCUUCUAUAUACCUACUUUUCUACAGUUACAAACUUUAAUUGGAAAAUCAAGAAAAUCUAAAUUUUUCUAACAAAAAAAAAAAAAAAAAAAAAUAUAUACCUACCUAUAUAAUGCUAUUAACGCAUUCUCUAAAAUCCUGCAUGAACUGUUCAAGGACAUAAAGAACCAAAAUUUUUUUCAACACCAACACAAAGACUCAAAAAAAAAAAAAAUAUAUGAUUUAAAUUUUAAAGAAAAGAAGUUUAAAUUUUUUUUUUUGUAAACGUCACAGCCCAUCAUAAAGUAUACCUACACACACGUUCCUAUACACACAUUGAAACAAAAGGAAAGAUUUAUUGAUCUUACCGCUAUCAAUAAUGGUUAGUACAACAUUGACAACAACAGUUUCACAGCAAACAACGGCAAGUGGCUCCAAUCAAACUGUGCAUCAUUUGCGCCCCCAUAGUUCCCUACACUAUUCAACCACACUCCAGUCAUCAGCGAUACGUGGUAGUUAUUAUUUGAAUAGUGAUUCAAGUUAUAACAGUGGUGGUUCCGAGUCCAAGGACACAUCAUCAUCAAACCUAUACAACGGCCACUUUACAAACACUGUUCGCACUCAGCAUUCGUCGAGCAACGUCAUACCAAUACCAACAUCAUCAACAACUUCAUCAGCAAUCCGCCCUAGGCCUGACAUUCUUCUAAACAGUCCGACAUCAUCAUGCACAAGUUCCAAUGUACUACGAAAUGAAGUAAAUCUCUUAGAAUCGACAUCUCCACCCUUAAGUGAUCAAAUUUCAAUAUUGUUCCCCAAGUGUCGGCCAAAAAGCGAUGCUAAUACGAAUCCUGCCACAAGCACUACACAACAAAAUUCAAGCAGCAACAAUUUUGCACAAUCACCGCCGGCUGCAUCGGGCUCCUCGUAUUCUUCAGAAUCAGUGUCCUCAGCUAGAAUAUCAACAAAUCCAUUCCUUUGCCUUCCAAGUCCCAGUGGAAACGAAACUAAACGAAAUAAAUUCGAGAUAACUUCCCAUAAGGACCAAGAAGUCGUAGAUAUGCCACGCAAGUCCUCGGGUUAUAACCAACCCUCGUCACACCAACAACAACAACAACAACAACAACAACCAUACCAGCAACAGCAUUAUCAUCAACAACAACAGCAACAGCAACCAAAUCAGAGCACUACUCACCGAACCAUGAAGAGCUCGGGAAAUCAAAACCCAUUCAUUAAUCACAACUAUUGGGACACACGUCAUAAUACAACUCCAGCGGGUACCGUCCUUAAUUCGCCGGAACUUACUUCGGAGAACACUUCCCGCCGUCAUGGUCACAAUUACCUGCAAAAGCCACAACACAUUAGGCUGGGAAGAAGUCCUGUCAGCCAUCAGAAUCCAAGUCAUGAUUAUUACAAUGCGGCGGAGGUAAAUGAAAGGGCUGAACAUCAUGAGGCGCAAAAUCGUGGUGAUAAUGAAACUUAUAAUAGAGCUGCGUCAAUUGCGGCUAGCAAUGGUGGAAAUGGCAGCGGAGUUGUGGUUUUUGAUGAUAUUUCUGACAGUUGGCAGAAUCUUCGAGUCACAACUGGCUCCCCACCAGCUUCGGCAGCACCAUUAGUUGAAUCAACAAUUGAUAGCGCAAAUCAUGAAUUGAGCAAAAGUGAAAAUGAAGCUUAUAAGAAUUAUAAGAAAUAUUUAGACAAAAAUUAUGCGAUAAAUAUUGAGAUGCGAAAUGGUAUUAUUGAAUACGAAGGAUCUCCUCGUCGAUUUGGUCAAGGAAUACCAGAAGAUGAAGAAGUUCAAUCGCAAAAUUUCAAGUUUAACGCAAUAACAUCUUCGCCACAAAAAAUGCAUCCAAUUCGCCCAGGUUUUCCUCAGCGCAUUGUAUCCACACCUCAGGAUUCUCCUCCUCCAUUGUUGAACUUGAAAAUGUCACCCGUCAACAAUACCGAAGACACAAGCAAUGACGUCUCCGAAAUAGGAACUUUAUCCGAUAUGACAGUGUCUGAGGUGAUAUCUGAAGCGAUGAUGGCAGCCACCUCAACAACAGCUGGCCUUUGUUCCCCGGGAACAACGGCAAAAGAGGACACACUAGUAUCAACGUCGGCGGCGGCGGCAAAGUCGUCAACCUUUGACUAUCUAUACGAGUUCUCCGAGACAAGAAAAGUCCUCGAGGAGUUCUUUGAGUGCCCUUCGACCGAUGACAAACCAAUUGAGAAUGGAAGCGACGUUGACAGUAUUGACAUUCAGUAUGAAUUCCACAGUAAUGUUAAUAGAGAGGACGACGAUGAUAUUGCGUUGCCACCUCAGUUGGAUCAUAUUUUUUCUGUGCAAUCGGGUCACAUGAAUAACAAAAGUCCAUCCAUGGAUGAAAAUUAUCGUCCAGUUGACGAUGAUGUUGAGGGAAAUGAUGACGACGAUGAUGACGAUGAUUCGGAAAGCCCACAACCAGUGCCAGUUGUUGUUGCAAAUAGCUGUUCACCAGUUAAGCCACAACAAAAUCAACAUCAUGUGGUUAAGCAACAACAAAGCAAUUUCUACAACACUAACGGAGUUGGUGGUGGUGGUGGUGGUAUCCUGGACAAUCGUCGGACGUUGACAAGGGACAAUGAUAAAUUGGUGCAAUAUCGGCGGGAUAUAGAUUUCUUUUUGGAGUCAGCUAGUCGCAGCAGUGGUGACCAAAUGGAUAGUCAGGAUGGUAUUAAUCAUAAUCCAGUGCAACCCAGAAGUUAUCGAUGUUCUCCAGAAACAACAGAUUAUGAUUCGAAUUGUGGUGAUUUGGACAGCCUAUCAGGAGAAUUCAAUGGUGUUUCAACAUAUUGCAACUAUCCCAAAUGCUAUACGACUAGCAUGCCUGUUCUGGAAGAUGGCCUCUCAAGUGGUCACACUUCAGAUACUGAAAAUAAUAAUAGACCCGUGCAAAUGGGAGGUAUUUCAAUGUUAAUGGAUCCCAAACGGAACCAGGACAAUAGCAAUCAUGUUAAAUCAAAUCGUGCCUCACCCAAUGUCGAUGCUUUUACUACCAUCAAUGAAAGCCCUGUAAAUGGCCAGCUUGACAAUUCCGGACGGGAUUCUGUGCGAUCUAAGCGUGAUCAAGAAAUUCUAGGACAAAGUCCUAGCAGUAGUAACAGCAAAGUUUUUCAAAAUAUUGAUCCGGAUUUGGAUUCUCUUUAUUCUAUAAGCGUUUUUCACCGAGGUGCUGAUAUGGUUCAUGUUACACCACCUCCACCAGCACCAGCUCCGCACCGUAAGCCUACCGUUGUAAGCUCCGACAUGUUCCAGAAAAAUCAAAUCGACUUUAAAGAACAGAUACCAACAACCCUAACGGGAGGAGGGGCUUCCUCAAACUUGUUGAACCGUACAAAGUCGUUGAAGUCCUUGGAAAAACCAUUUGCUUGCAACCAACCGCCUUCUAUUCCCGAACGGCUUAGCAAUGCCUCCCCAUCAAGCAGCUCUCCAGUUUGGGUGCCCCGAUAUUUAGAAACAAGUGUAGGCAAAAGUCUGCUUGAUACGUCUGACAGGCAGCAAGGCAAGAACCUUAGCGGAGAUGAAGAUGAUGUUGACACAGAUUUGGAGACUGAUAGGUUACUCGGACAUCAGCGUCUUGACGAUCAAGGCUUCUAUGAUGACACAAAGAGCUCUUCAUGGGACCGAAAACCCAUAUCUCUUUUGGCUACGUCCUUAUCAAAAUUCUCACCCAAAGUUCAGCAACAAAACUCGAAAAAUUCCAAUGGUUCUCUCUCACUGAGGCAAGGCUUCAACUCGUUACUAACGAGCACACCCGAAAUCCCACCGCCCAUUCCGCCAAAAACUUCCACAACCAGUUUACUCCACAAUGCUGGAGGAGGUUCGAUGUCAUCGUUGGACCAUAGUGACAAGUCUCCAGAGAAGACUCCCGAAGCUCGUGAAGAGUGUGCAGUUGUGACCAUAGGAAGUCCCAGUGCUGAUUCAGGCUCGGAUGGAUCUGGCAAUGGCAGCCAGAAAAAGGACACACAAAACUCGGUUACGGGAGAGAAAAAAGUAAAAAAGAGUAAGAAUCAGGAAGGCGGAGCAGUGUUAAUUGAAGGAGUAUUAUUCCGGGCGAGAUAUUUGGGAUCAACACAAUUGGUGUGUGAAGGUCAACCGACCAAGUCAACAAGAAUGAUGCAGGCAGAAGAAGCAGUAUCAAGGAUUAAGGCUCCCGAUGGUGAUGUCCAGCCUAGCACUGAAGUCGACCUCUUCAUUUCAACCGAAAAGAUCAUGGUCCUUAAUACUGACCUUAAGGAAAUUAUGAUGGACCAUGCUCUGCGAACGAUCUCAUAUAUUGCUGACAUCGGUGAUUUGGUCGUCCUCAUGGCCAGGCGGCGUUUUGUUUCACAAGACAUUGACGAUGGACCCAAAUUAAAUCGCACUCCAAAAAUGAUAUGUCAUGUAUUCGAAAGUGACGAAGCUCAAUUUAUUGCCCAAUCAAUUGGUCAGGCAUUCCAAGUGGCCUAUAUGGAAUUUUUAAAAGCAAACGGAAUUGAAGAUCAUAGUUUUGUCAAAGAAAUGGACUAUCAGGAAGUGCUAAAUAGUCAAGAAAUAUUUGGCGAUGAGCUGGAGAUAUUUGCAAAGAAGGAAUUGCAAAAAGAAGUCGUUGUACCCAAAGCUAAGGGUGAAAUUUUGGGGGUAGUCAUAGUUGAAAGUGGUUGGGGGUCAAUGUUGCCCACAGUUGUGAUUGCUAAUUUGAUGUCUUCUGGCGCUGCGGCAAGAUGUGGACAAUUGAAUAUUGGUGAUCAAUUGAUAGCUAUAAAUGGUUUAAGUUUAGUUGGUUUGCCUUUGUCAACUUGUCAGACUUACAUUAAGAAUACGAAGAAUCAAACUGUUGUUAAAUUUACUGUAGUGCCGUGUGCUCCGGUGGUAGAGGUCAAAAUUAAAAGGCCAAAUACCAAAUAUCAAUUGGGUUUUAGUGUUCAAAAUGGCGUGAUUUGCAGUCUUCUACGAGGAGGAAUCGCUGAAAGAGGAGGUGUCAGAGUUGGACACCGUAUAAUUGAAAUUAACAACCAAAGUGUUGUAGCAGUACCACACGAGAAGAUAGUAAAUUUACUGGCUACUUCUGUUGGAGAGAUUCUUAUGAAAACGAUGCCAACAUCCAUGUUUCGACUUCUAACCGGGCAAGAAAAUCCUAUUUAUAUUUAAGUGUCUUUAUAUUUUGUGUUUUUAUUUGCUAAAACCUAAGUUUAAACAUAUUUCCUUUUCAAAAAUGAUGGAAAAACUAGUAUUUAAAAUGAAAAAGUAAAGUAAAAUUAGCUUUGAAUAGCAGACAAACCAAAAAUUAUAACAAAUUUAUUUUGAUAUACAGAACGUACAUAGAACAUAGAUUUAUUUGAAAUAGUUCUAAUUAUAAACUUAAAAUUAGUUUUUAUUUAUCAGCAUUUAAUAUAAUUAAUUAAUUUAAUUUUUAUUUAUAUAACAUCUAGUCAAUAAAUUAUAAUAAAAUAUAUAUUAUAUAAAAAACAUAUAAAUUUUAGCAAAAACAAAGCAGUGCCCCAACAUAAUUCAUGUGCAAAAUCAACAACUCAUAACUUUUUCCGUCCGCUUAUAUCAGAAAAAAAUUAAAUUAAAAUAUGAAUUAUCCUAUACUCAUUUACACACACACACACACACACAGACACAUUUACACAAAACACAUGGAAACAUUUUUUCCAUUUUCUUGUCCAAAGCUCAAGAACAUAUUGAAAAUUAUUUAUUUUUUGGGAACCAAUGUACUUGGUAUUUGUUUACUACAGACUUUUUAAUAAGUUUUUGCAAUGAAUGAAACAAAAUUUGAUCAAUGUUGCUUAUUCUGUAUGAGGAGUUAGAACGACUUUUAAUUUUUAUUUUCGAUUUUCCAAAAAUUCAAAGGUCAAAGGUCACAACAUUUUUUGUUUUUAAAACGGUUUUUUAUUUUAAAAAUUAUGUUCUACAAAAUUGUAGCUGAGGUUAUUUUGCAAAAAAAUUCUCAUACAAAGUUUUUUUGUAUCACUUACCGUUUAGUCAUUACAACAUUUCAAACUAUCCCAUGUAGUUUGAUUAAAAUAACAAAUAUUAAAAUAUCUAGAAAAGCAUUAUGCGAGUUUGAAGUGAUACAAUUUCUAAACGUUGAGUGAUACAGGUAAACUUUGUAUGAAAAUUUUUUGUAAAAAAGCAUCAGCUACAAUUUUGUAGAACAUAAUUUUUGUCUUAGACCUAACGUUUUAAAAACAAAAAAUGUUGUGACCUUUGACCCCUUAUAAUGGGACUAGUGGAUAGAAGACUUUUCACAGAUUACACCAAGCUGUAUACCAAAAAUCAGCCUGUUAAAAAUUUUUUCCCUUUUCUUGACAAUUUUUCGUCUAUUCUUUCUGGAUUAUAUAACAAUAUUAAUAUUUUUUAAAGUAUUUGGUCGAAAAGUGUUUUUUAGUUUCAAGUUUCAAUGAGAUGUGUGUGUUUUUUUUUUAAGUGCUCUAUCCAUUCCAAUACUUUCUAUACAUGUUUUCAGGUGCUCCAAAUCUAAAAAUUGCUUAGUUAUUUGCACCACUAAUUUUUUCUAAACUAAUUUCUAUGGUUCCCAGAUUAAAAAUAUUCAUCAAUAAUUCUGAAUACAAAAGUGCUUACACAUGAUUACUUAAAAAAAAUUAAUGCUUACUUAAAAUAUUCCCCAAAUAUCAUAAAAUAAAAAACAAAAAGAAAUAAACAACCGCUUUCAUUUUUUUAAAUUUUAUCUAUAAGAAUGAUAUUUAAAUUUAUUUUAAUUUUUGGUAUAUAAAAAGUCAAAAUAAAUUUAAUAAAAAUAUGCUGUAUAUAAAAUAAAGCAAUGACAGAAACAGAUUUGAAUAAUAAAUAAAACAAAACAAAAUAAAAUCUAAAACACAUCAUAAAACUCACCAUACACGUAAAUAAAUAUAUCUAUAUUUAUUAAAAGUAUUAAAAACAAAUUAACAAAAUUUUUAUUUACAAACCAAAAAACAAAAUAAAAAAAAAACUAACAACCCUUUACUCAUAAUGUAUUUAUUCAUCCCUAGAAAAAAAAAACAAAAAAAAAUAGAUAUGAAAAAUAAAUUAAUUUUAAACUGCAUCAAACAAAUUUCAAAAAAUCGUCCAAGAAAAUAUUAUACCUAUUAGUGUGUUAUAUCAAUGCGUUUAUACAUAUAACAAAAAAAAAAAAAAACAUAUAUGCGAAACAAAAUAAAAAAAAUAAAAAACAAUAUAUAAAUAAAACAAAAAAUACAUGAUGUAUAAAAAAUAUAUAUGUACACAUUAUAGUAUAUAUAAAGAUUCCUUAUGAUAUACAUUAUAUAGUUUUGAUAUGGAAAGCUUGCUAAAAAUAAAAAACAUAAAAAUUUACAAAAAAUAAUAAAAAUAAAAAUAAACAUAAAAUUAAAAAACGUUAUUAAAUAUAUAUAAAAUUGUAUUUAAUAGCCACAUCAUAUUUUAAGAAAACACAUACCUACAUAUAUAUAAAUAUAUUUAAACUUAUAAAAAAAAUUAAAAUAUUAAACAAAAAUAAAAAACAUUAGUGGGCAGAUAAUGAUUUUUGAUUAAAAAAAAAAAACAAACAAUGCAAACAAAUAAUAAUACUAAUUAUAAAUCACACUUUUAGUUUUCAAUACUGCAGCACCGCUCCUGAAAUAUUAUAAAAUAGUCUAUUUGCAAUUGAUAAAUAAAAUUAACUAUAAAGUUGGGACAAUUUUGCUUAUAACGCUUGUAAAAAAAAAAUCGACAUUUUAACCAAACUCAUUUAAAAAUUUUGCUUCAAGUCAAAAAAUUUUUUAAGUUUAAGAAGAUUGCAACUUUAUAUAAUAAUUUAUUUAUCAAAUGCAAAUUUACUCAAUAUAUAUUGUAAAAUAUUUAAUUGCGAUUGCAAAUCAAUUCCACUAUAAUGCAAAGUAGAUUAAAUUCAUUCACUUGCAAAAAAACUUAAAAACAAAAUAAAAAAACCAAUUAGACAAAACAAAAAAAAAAAAAACCGAUUAACAAUAAAUAAGCAAAUUAUAUACAUAUAGCAAAAAAAAAAGUUAGCAAAACUAAGUGAAUUGUCCAUUGAGGUUAUUUAUUAAUGUUGUUAUGAGGAAAAAAAACAAAA